UAAAGACUCAAGGUAACGCGGGGAGAUGGGCAACGACAGCAUUUUCACAGACAAGCAUACUUCGUGAACGUCCUCCUCCAGGUUCCUUCGAGCACGACGAAAACACGACAUCAACGCAGCACAUAUCGUGGGAACAUUCGACAGUUGUCUCCAUUUGCCGAGGAAAGCUUCGUUGACCAUGGGACCCGCCACUGCGACAACCACUGCACCCGCGGGAAAAGUAGCGCGUCGAGGCUCGGGAAAGCAAACCCAUUCUCGGUCGUAUCCACGUGGGGUUGGACUGGAUUUUCGAAAGCUCGCAGGCCUUACGUUGUUGAGCUACAUUGACCAUCACGGCGUUGCGGUGCGUGCCGAAGCUCCUCCUUCGGAACUUGCUGUUGCCGUGGCCCGCCAUUUUGAAGCAAUGGAAGUUGACGAAGAAGAAUGCAUCGGUGGCUUUCUGGAACGUCUCGAAAAGGGACCGGGUGCUACGGAGUAUGCUCGCCAAACGGCCUUUUUCGAUGGGCGUGCUUUGGCCCUUCCUGCACGAAAGAGAAAGCGCAGCAAACUGGCUGCCGGACCCGGUGAACAAGUCGCUGCCAAAGUUACCCGGACGGAUGAAAACGGUUCUUGGAUUUUGGCGUCCGUGCAGCGAUUCUACACCGACACGGAAACGUACGAUGUGCAAGAUGAAGACGACACGAGUAAGCUCAUCCGCUUGCCUUGGAGUCACGUGAUGCGCCUUUCCACCGGGGCGGAAGGAUGCUUCAAGAAAGAUAACGAUUGCAUGGCUAUUUUCCCCGAAACCACUUCGUUCUACCGUGCCAAAAUUAGCAAGGAUCCCAUUUGGAAGGUGGAUCGGUUGGGGGAGCCCACAGUGAAAGAGAUCAUCGUCAAGUUUGAGGAUGACGAUGACGCUCAGGGGCGCACCCCUCACCGUCGCGUUCCGGCCCGUUAUGUUAUUCCGAUACCGGCGACUUACUUUUAUGACGAAGACGACGACGUGGAUCUCACUCCAAAGUAA